GGGGGUGGAUCCUAAGGGGCAGAGAUGCAGUCCUCCAGAGUUGUUGGGAAGAAGAAGAUGGCCCUGCGUCCUCGAGCAGGAGCAACUGAUUCCCAAGCUGCCGGUGCUUUGUUCGACAAGGAGCAUGUCGCCGUCACCUUGGGUGCAGCCGUCCGGUGGAAGGCGCUCUGCCUUUUUCAGAAGGCGAGGAGGAUCGGCGGAUCCAGCCCCCCUCCUCUCCAGCAGCUCGGCGGAGACAAAAGAGGAGGUCACCGGGAGAUGACGAAAGAUCAAAGGAGGAUGAUUUGCAAGGUCGAUCGACAUAUGCGACAAAGAUCCUGUUGUGCACAAGCAUACUCCAUACAUUGUUAUCCUCGUGAGGCUUGCAGGAAAAAUGGGUCGAUGCACGUGAUGGUCAGUGACCUUCGGCCAGGCAAGAGAAAAGGGAAUUUAAGGACCUAAUUCGAGCCGUAUGCUUAAACCGCGAGUCAUCCAAGAAGUGGUCCAGUUUUACACAGUGCUCCUAAUAGUACAAUUAAGGAAAAACAGUUAACUCCCUCAAUGAUUUGGCCCUUGACUCCCUCUCAAUAUGGUUUCCCGAUGCAUAAUGGACUACCAAACAAUGUUAAGGAGCCAUAGAUAAGCAAGAAUUCACAAUUAACAGCCCUUGUAGCUGUGAUAAUAUGACAUCAUGAUAGUUUGGUAAGCAAGAAUUCACAAUUAACAGUCCUUGUGGCAUUUACAUACAUGUUGGGUUCAGAUAGACAUAUUAAAUACCUUGAUGCUGACCCUAACAAGCCCAACUAGACCAUAUGAACGUGCAGCAACCAAGACGGUAUUUGCACUUCUGCAGAUACUAUCUAAUUUCGAUACAGAACUCUCUGGAAGUUGCAGUGGUGAAAAUUUGGUGCAUACUUCAUAUAGAUGUUCUUCUAGAAUGUGCAUUUUAGGAUCAAGCAUUUUCUUGAUUUUCAUAUUGAAGAUCAAGCAUUUUCUUGAUUUUCUUAAUAUGGAGCUUUGACCAUCUCUUUGGUGACCAGUUUGGAUAAUUUUAGUUAUAGCACCCACGCAAAUUUUGUUUCUUUCUGUAUAUUAUCAGUCUUCUCAAAAAUUGAAGGAUUGGUAAGCCUUUUGGUAUUAUAUAUUUUUAGUCCAUGUUAGGAUAUCUGUCUAUUGUAGGUGAACUGGAGCUUCCACUUUUAUCAAUGUUGCUUGUGUAAAAUAUAGACAUAGCUUUUCAGGCAAUUCUGCUUUGUCAUGGAGAUGAAAAGUAAUUAUUUUGGUGUGGUGAAUCAAUUGUUUUGCUGGGUGAGAUAUAUCCCUCUCUUUGUUUUCUAUUUGUCAGGUUUCAUUUGAUUGAGGUUUAUAAGACAAGAUCGCAAGUUGUAGAAAGGAUGUACAUAUAUGUACUUUUCUGUAUAGAUCUUGCCCUGUGAAAUUAUGUAGUAGUGUUUGUACUUUUUUUUUCUUAUAUCAUGGUGUCGCCUGUGAGUGUUCCCAAUAGUGUGGACUAAGUAUGCAGCAAUAGUGUGAAUCAAUCUACACUUGCAGCAUGACUGUUUUUUCUCCCUGGGCCUUUUUAUUUAUGUGAUAGAACUUUCUUUAGCAAUACACCAAUUCAGAAUAUUCAUAUAUUCUUUUCUUAGUCAUUUUCAAUUUUUAUAUGUUGGCGAAGAACUUACUUUAGCAGCAUAGUGCUAACAAACUUACUUAGGCUAUCAAACAGUGUACAACUAAAGAGAAUUCAAUUAGCUGGCUUGUUUGUAAUCAGUGGUCUAGGUAGGUUGCAAGGAAGAGGGCUUUUGUAUCAUUCUUCUUUUGAUUUUUUGGAUCAAUGGUCUAGGUAGAUUCCAAAGACGGGAUUUUUGGUGUUG